AUGGCACCCUCGCUGGUGCAUCCUGCCAGUUACGGCCAGGUCAUCGAAUACAUUCAAGAUCGCCUCUACCUCGCAUCCUACAUUCACGCACCUAACGAACAUACUCCUUUCCCGUAUCCCACGCAAGUAAAGAAAUCGCCGCAGAAAAAGUCCUCCAAAGCGCAGUCGGGUCCUGUUCCCGCUGCUCUGCGCCCUCCUCCGGUCUAUUUCACCAUCGACGACACUCUUCUGUACAAUGCGUUUCACGCCGACUUCGGUCCCCUGCACAUUGGCCACCUCUAUAGGUUCGCCGUCCAGUUCCAUGAAAUCUUGGGUGACCCAGCCAACAACGACAAAGCCGUCGUGUUUUGGAGCAGGGCUGAUGCUAGGAGUCGAGCAAACGCUGCGUGUCUUGUCGCAUGCUAUAUGGUCCUGAUCCAAGCAUGGCCUCCUCACCUUGCUCUUGCGCCUAUUGCUCAAGCCGAUCCUCCAUACAUGCCCUUCCGAGACGCAGGGUACAGCCAGGCCGAUUUUAUUCUCAACAUUCAGGAUGUGGUGUAUGGCGUCUGGAAAGCCAAAGAAGAAAAUCUGUGUCAGCUCAAGGAGUUCAAUCUCGAAGAAUACGAGCGAUUCGAACGAGUUGACCAGGGAGAUUUCAACUGGAUCUGCCCCCAAUUUGUUGCCUUUGCAUCUCCUCAAUCUGAGCCAACCACACCCAUUCCCAUCUCAUCUCCAGCCUAUGCAACACUGCCAUCUUGUAUACCAGAAGUUCAGCGUGCCAGGAUACCCCUGCCCUUCAAGAACGUCCUCGCUCAUUUCGUCCAACGUGACGUUGGUUUGGUUGUUCGACUCAACUCGGAACUCUACUGUCCAACAUACUUUACUGCUCUUGGUAUUCAACACAUUGAUAUGAUCUUCGAAGACGGAACGUGUCCAGCCCUUCCCAUUGUCCGCAAGUUUAUCAAGCUGGCCCAUGACACCAUUGCAAGGAGCAAAGCUAUCGCAGUCCACUGCAAGGCUGGGCUUGGCAGAACCGGGUGCUUGAUCGGAGCCUAUUUGAUCUACCGCCACGGCUUUACUGCAAACGAAGUCAUCUCGUUCAUGCGAUUCAUGCGUCCUGGAAUGGUGGUCGGACCACAACAGCACUGGCUGCAUCUGAAUCAGGGACAGUUUCGAGAAUGGUACCUGGAAGAUCAGUGGAAGGCAAAAAUGGAGUUGAACAAGCCCUCGACUCCUCGCGUCAUGACAGCGAAGACUCCCAUACGUACUUCUGGUACAGCACAGACGGCGACUCCAGAUCGCUCAAGCACCCAGAGAACUGCUUUGGGCGAAAUCGAUGGCAACGACGUCUCGACUGCUGGAGCUUAUCAGGACGAAAACCUCCCUGCCCCAACACCGGGUCAACCUCGAAAGUAUGCUCGAAUGGAUCCUCGAAGUCACCCAUAUGCUCGGUCGUCCUCGGGCACCGUGCGUAUCAAUGGCAAUAAGUCUGAGAGCGAGGUCGCCACAGUGGAGACGCACCGAGUCAGUACGAACGGCGCAGAAAGCGAAGAGGAGCUCAUUUUACAACGAGCGGCGUCCCGCCGAAGCCAUAGCAAGAGUCCUGGUAGUAAAGGCAAAGCUCGCAGCGUCUCAUACACCACCACCACGACAACCAUGACCAAGACUUUCGACGUGGGCGACACGAUGGGUAUCUACGAAGACGAUGGGGAUAUCAACUUCCAGAUAGAGGAUACAAACGCCAUAUGGGACGAGCUCGCCCAGGAACAGGAGAAUUUGAAGCUCAGUACUAUGAGUGAGAAGAACCCACCUGGAACUGCCCGACCAAAGACCCCACGAUCUGCUAGUGGAAUGGGUACCAUGGGCGUUCCGAAGACUCGAUCGCUUAGAGAGUCACCACGGCGCAGCGGAGUUGAGGAUAAGAUGAAGGUCAGGAAGACAAGUGGCCGUGUUGGCAGUGCCAGUCAUGGGCCGGUUGGUGUGAAGCGGUAG